AUGCCGAUAGAGAUCACAACUACCGCGGCCCAGGAGAAUGGCAGACAUCAUGACCGUCGGCCUACCCAUCCGUUCAGGCUGUCGCAUCGCACCAAACCACGGAGAUGGCCUUUAGUCCUGCGGUUCGUCAAGGGAGCCGUCCAUGCAGCCAUCCUGGUGCCUGUAGUCUGCCAUGCCCUCUUCACUGUCCUGGUCGUCGUUCUCGAUAAAUAUGUAUUUGAUACUGUGGGCGUUCCGCCGACGAUCAUCCCUUCUCUGUCCAUCGUCGUCGGUCUCAUUCUCGUCUUCCGCAACCAGACGUCCUACAAUCGCUUCUGGGAUGGCCGCAACAGUCUGACUACAAUCACCACCGCCCUGCGCAACCUCACCCGAACCAUCCUCGUCACUUCUCGAAAUCCCAACGGCCCGCUGACAGAUGCUGAGAAGCAGGAUAUCGAAAGAACGAUACGGUUGCUCAUCGCCUUUCCGUAUGCCGUCAAGUGCUAUCUGCGUGCUGAAUGGAGCAUAGAAUGGGGGUCCAUCGCCAACCCCAACAUGAUAGCAGACGUCGUUGGCGGACAGGAAACUGGAGGCCCCAGUCAGGAGUUUCUUAGCCUGCUGCCGGCUGGAUUUCAAGCACACGAGGCUGACGGACUCGGGCUGCCGCUUCAAUUGACAUUCCCUAUCGAAGCGUUUAUCCAGCGUGGCCUGAAGAGAGGCUGGUAUGAUCCUCCUGCCGCCAACCAGAUGGGCAACCAGGUCAGCUCGAUGAUCGAUGCAUACGGCAAGAUGGAGACUAUCAAGCUGACUCCCAUCCCCGUUGCUCACCUGAUUCACCAAAAGCAAGUUCUGGCUCUGUUCGGCUGUGUGCUACCCUUUGCCAUGGUAGACGACAUGGGCUGGUGGGCAGUGCCGAUUGUGUGUCUGGUUAUAUUUACUCUCUAUGGUAUCGAAGGCAUUGGCUCCCAGCUUGAAGACCCCUUUGGCUACGAUAAGAACGAUAUCAAGAUGGAUGCCAUUGUCGAGGACGAAAGGGUCGAAAUCGAAGCUAUACUCAACGAGUGGAAGAAGAUGAACGAUAUCCCUGUCGAUAGUGACGAUUCGCUCUCCAACGGUGCCAGGAACGGUGCCCGUAACGGUACCAGCAACGGGACUCGUAAUGGGAUUCGUAAUGGCACACAUAACGGGACUAGCAACGGGAAUACUGCUUAUCGAGAAAUGUUCAUCCGGGCUUAA